GUGCGCUCCUUGCCGCAGCCCAGCCUCAGCGCACGGCCCCAGACUCGAGAGCCCCGCACCUUGUCGCCGGUGCCACGUUUCGCCUACGCGAGGGCGGCACCCCUCCUCCCCACUCUCCAUCCUCUCCUUUCCGCCUCGGCGUGGGGACCCCCCCCAGCACACCCGGGGCCCAUAGCCUAGCCGCCUCCCACGCCUCCCCCACAGCGACGCCCGGGGACGGCGCAGCCCCUUUGUUCCGGCAGCGGGGGCACCCCUCCUGCGGUGUCACCGCACCCACCCGGCGCACUCCCUCCGCCUCCCCAAGUUCGCCUAGACCAGGUGGUGGCGGGCGCCUUUUGGGGGUGCGCGGCCGUGCAAUUGGUGGAUUUUUUAAAGAGCGUUUUGGAGGGGGGAGCGCGGCGUGGGGGGCGGCGAGGGCACUCCUGGCUGCCAGCUGCUCCGGCUUCGCUACUCGCUCGCCUGCCGCUUCCCUCCGGGUCUCCUGCGCUCCCCUUCCCGGCUGGGCAGAGCGCGCUCCCCCGACACCGCAGCCCCAGCCGCGUCGCGCGGGGCGCCGAGAUGAAGGUGCUGGGACACAAGAUCGAACUGCUGACAGGCCUUCUGCUUCACGACGUGACCAUGGCCGGGCUGCAAGAGCUGCGAUUCCCGGAAGAGAAGCCGCUGCUCCGGGGCCAGGAUGUGACCGAGCUGGAGAACUCUGAUGCCUUCCUCUCAGCUGUGGACACAGACUGGAAGGAACAUGACAUUGAGACGCCUUAUGGCCUUCUGCAUGUGGUGAUCCGGGGUUCCCCCAAGGGGAACCGCCCAGCCAUCCUCACCUACCAUGAUGUGGGCCUCAACCACAAGCUGUGCUUCAACACCUUCUUCAACUUUGAGGACAUGCAGGAGAUCACCAAGCACUUCGUGGUGUGCCAUGUGGAUGCUCCUGGACAGCAGGUGGGGGCGUCACAGUUUCCUCAGGGGUACCAGUUCCCCUCCAUGGAGCAACUGGCUGCCAUGCUUCCCAGUGUGGUGCAGCAUUUUGGGUUCAAGUACGUGAUUGGCAUUGGAGUGGGAGCUGGAGCCUAUGUGCUGGCCAAGUUUGCACUCAUCUUCCCUGACCUGGUGGAGGGGCUGGUGCUGAUGAACAUUGACCCCAAUGGCAAAGGCUGGAUUGACUGGGCUGCCACCAAGCUCUCCGGCCUGACUAGCACUUUACCUGACACGGUGCUCUCCCACCUCUUCAGCCAGGAGGAGCUGGUGAACAACACAGAGUUGGUGCAGAGCUACCGGCAGCAGAUUGGGAACGUGGUGAACCAGGCCAACCUACAGCUCUUCUGGAACAUGUACAACAGUCGCAGAGACCUGGACAUUAACCGGCCUGGAACCGUGCCCAAUGCCAAGACACUCCGCUGCCCUGUGAUGCUGGUGGUCGGGGAUAAUGCACCCGCUGAGGAUGGGGUGGUUGAGUGCAACUCCAAACUGGACCCAACUACCACGACCUUCUUGAAGAUGGCAGAUUCUGGGGGCCUUCCCCAGGUCACACAGCCAGGGAAGCUGACUGAAGCCUUCAAAUACUUCCUGCAGGGCAUGGGCUACAUUGCAUACUUGAAGGACCGAAGGCUGAGUGGAAGCGCAGUGCCUUCAGCCAGCAUGACCCGUCUGGCACGCUCCCGCACCGCCUCCCUCACCAGCGCCAGCUCGGUGGAUGGCAGCCGCCCACAGGCCUGCACCCACUCGGAGAGCAGUGAGGGGCUGGGCCAAGUCAACCACACCAUGGAGGUGUCCUGUUGAAGUCCUUGGUCCCACGGAAGAUGCCCACCUGCCCGCCCACGUUGAGGUCCCACUGCCAUCCUUGUGCCAGCUCAUUUUCCCUUUAGUUUAUUUUUGUAAGGGCAAAGGGGAGGAAAUGGGGUUACUUCUCUUUUAUUUGAAAAAGUCGGGGGGGGGCGGGGUCCAUCAUAGAUCCUGCAGCAGAACAGUCUCUGGAUGGUUUGAGUGACUCAUUCCUCCCCACUUCCAUCGCACUCAGUGUGUUAGCUUGACUGACUUGGACCCCUUCACCAAACUCCCUGUGGCACCGGCAGGCAGGGGUAUGGGAAAAGGUCCAGGAUCACUCCUGGGUUAAAGAGCCAGCGUAGGAUGAGCUCUUGGGGAGGCAGGUUUGAAGACGUGAGGGGGCUUUGAGUGGGUGGGUUCUGGGACAGAAGCACGGAGGCCAGCUCAGGCACUGGCGUGGGAGCCAGGAGACAGAACCGGGAGCACCAGGAGGCCCCUUUCCCUAUCCUCCACCAAGCACACCUGUUUUUGUCUUGUAGCACAUAUGACAAUCCGAAUAGCCACAAGGGGGCGCUCCGGCCAGACAGCCAUUUUCCUGGUGCUCUCUGGGCUGGGCGGGGCUGGUGCUGUAGGGCUGAAGGUUUCUCUGCCCCGGGAAGACAGAACAUGGAGAACCCUGAGGGCAGGAACCCCACUGAGUGUCCCUUCCAGCCCACACACUCUGCCACCUCCUGGCCCUAUCCCUUUUCUGAGCCGCUUCUCCCUGAGGCAGAAGUCAACUGGUCCUCUGUCUCCACAGUGACCUGAUUGGGGAUGAGAGCAAAGGCUAGGAUACCCCAUGUGUGUUGUGUUCACUUCCCCCACACCCCACACUGCCCCAGACCUUGGGAGCCAGCAGGUGGCCAGAGGCAGGGGUGGCUGAGACAUCCCAUAGACCCUUAUGCCCUCAGAGGACAACUCAAUCAUCAGCAGCAAGUGGUGUUUCUAGGUAAAGCGCAUUUACCUGGAAAAAACUGGUCCAAGGAGUGAGACUUCUAUGGUUCCACAUCCCCAUCUCAGCCUGCUGGAGUGGGCAUGGGCUGGGGUUGGCUGAAGUUUAAGACGUGAACAAGGGCCAGGUAGAUGUGAAAGGCUCCCCACACACCCCAGAUCCCUCCUGCUACCUGAAAUCCAGGCCUGUGCCGUAUACCGCCCACCUGCCCACCUACCAACCUACUUAACCCUGUAAAAUCUCCCAGCCCAGAAACCAGAUCCUCUGUCUUGGGGCCUAAAUUGAGGGUCAAAAACCCCAAAACAGAGAGGGGAGAGCAAUGAAAAAAUAAAGGGCUAUGGAAGGAGGAUUGUCUGUGGGGGGUGUUCUGAAGCUGAGGGGACACCUAUGUCCAUAUUUCUCUGCACAAAUCAUUUACCUUCUAUAAUCUUAAGCCAUUAUUAGACUGCUCUAGAGCCUGGUGGAAAGUUAGUCUGUCCCCAGUUCUAUUCACUCACGUGCUGCUUUUGAAUAUUGAAUGUGACUGAAAGCUGGUAGAAUUAAUCCCUCUUACUGUAGAUAAUAAUGCAAAUCUUGGAUUUUUUUUUUUUUGCUGUGUUUUCAGAUAUCUAUAAAUAUCUACACACUAUAUAUAUAUGUAUAUUGGGUCCUCCUGAGUGUGGUUUUCCAUUGGAGGUCGUCACUUUGGUCAAGGUGAACUUUUAAUGGAGUUUAUUAUUUUCCUCUCUGUACAAAGUAAACAGUCUAAUUUUGUGUUUUCUGGUGGCUGAUGUAAUGAGACUUUCAGAUGACAAAAUGUAAAACAAAAACCCUUGUCAAUGUAGAAAGAGUUAACUGUGCUCAAAUACUAAUAAAGAACCUAAGAAGAA